AUGUCGAUUACUCAUGAACAAAUUCACAGCCAUAAUAUACCAAACACGCCUCUAAGCCGACAAUCACCGCCAUUACCCUCCGGAAAACUUAGAUUACAAGUCCUUGACUGCUUCUUAAACGUACCUGUUCAAAGACCAUAUGUGGUCAUCACACUUGGAGAGCAAAAGUAUUAUACCUCUGUAUCCGAGUAUGAACAAGGACGAUGGCAUGAAACUUUUGAAUUAUCUGUGAGUUUUCAUGCCCAGCUUUUUGGGACAAUACAACUAGACUUGUUCGAUAGCUAUAUGCUACUACCCGAUCGGCAUAUUGGAAGAACAGAAAUACGUCUUAGACUAUUGGAAGGAAUGCCGGAAACAUUCACGAGCUAUUACGAAAUUUGGGAUAAAAAACUUUCUACUGGGGCAAGUUCGAGUGUAGGACAGCGAAAAACUCUGACGGCUAAUGUGGGGGCUAUUCAAGUAAAAAUAGCCUAUGUGUACCAGUCCGAACAAACACAACUUUCUGACGGAAGUGAGCAAAAGAAUAACAAUGGAACUUCGGCAGAUAGCAAAGAUGAGCCUCUGGUGUUGAGAGAGCUGAGAAAGACAGAUACUCCUGUAGGCUCAAGCAAUUUGUUGACAGAAGAGCAGCUUGCGACUGAGUUUCAGAGGCAUCUUAAAUUCCAACGUGAGCGAAAGACAGCCGGUAUAAAAUUUUGCAAAUACGAAGAAGGAAGAGAUACACACUUGGGAGAGACGCUCGACUAUCCAGAUGAGAGCGAAUCUGAUUCGGACUCAGAAGAUUCCAAUUCUUUAAUGCGCCCAUUAGCCUUGGGGAGAAUAAAGUCUAGCAGUCUUCAGAGCCAGGAUUCUAAUCUUUCGAAAGAAGAUGCGAAAAAUGCGACCAACAAGGAAUCAACUGUUCACAAGGUGUCUUCCUGGUUCCGCUUUAACAAGCCGUCCUCGUCACUAUCAACAGCCAGUACUGUCGCCGUACCAGACCCUUCAAAUACAAAACCUUCGAACUCUAAGAAGGCUGCAUUUAAUAACAAUGAAUUAGAAUCCGUCAUUUUGAGCGAUGACCAAGAAAAUAUAAAGGCUUACCCUCUCCUUGAAACAAUUGGAUCUUGGACAGUAAACAAAGAAACCAACCAGGUUCUACGGACAAUUGCAAAACUGCUGGCUUCAUUUGGUCAAGGUUUUGAACUUACUAACCUCCAAGUGCUUACUGGGUUUACUGUUCUCGAGAAAUUCUAUGGAGAACUACCCCGAGAGAGAACAUGGGAUCUUGUUGAAGACCUGUCAGAAAUAGAGCUAGCUUCUCAUUUCUGGAAGUUCUCGGUUGCAUCUUAUGGCUGGAAAGGUCUUAAUUUUAUUGGAAAAGGAAACGGGUACCUGUCUGACGCCAUUAGGAAUCACUCUGAUGCAUUGUCGAUUAUUGAAUUUCUGUCGAUCCCAAAAGAAGAUUUACUGGCUUAUGAAUUCCGGACAGCCGAAGCGUUCAGACCAAGCUACUUUAUUACACGCGACCGGACUACGAACUCCAUAGUUCUAGUUAUUAGAGGCACAAUGAGCGUUUUUGACACAAUGACUGAUUUGGUAUGUGAGUACGAACCAUGGAGAGGAGGUUUGAUCCAUAAAGGAAUGAAGUCUUCUGCUAUGUGGUUUUUCCGUAAUGUGGCACCACAGUUAAUUGCCUAUUCAAACGAGCACUCCACUUCAGCACUCUAUAUAGUUGGCCACAGUUUAGGAGCAGCAACUGCAGCAAUCUUAACAAUUAUGUUGAUAGAUUAUCUUGAUGAGUUUAGAAAGGGCACGGAUGUGGAUUUUUCUCUAAAAUGUUUCGGGUACGCUCCAGCGUGUGGUCUAAGUUUAAAUUUGUCAGAAAAGUACAAGGAUUAUAUCCAGUCUUUUGUGUUUGCUGAUGAUGUAGUCAGCAAGCUCAGCUAUGGGUCUAUGAUGGAUGUCAAGGAGCUUAUUAUUGCUAGUGCAGAAGCUGCAAAGACACUUGGUGUUGGUCAAGUACUAUGGGUUGGUAAAAUGGAAGGUGAAAAAUGGAAGACUGCCUACGAAAGAAUUGCAGAGUGUCGCCAGAGAUGCCUGGACUCAAUGGCUAACCCACGCCUGUACGUUGCAGGACAGGUUUAUCAAUUUUGGCUGGAUCCUACUCCCAGUAAUGAAACUCGUAUUGUAAUCGAAAGAACCGAUGCUGAACGAGUGUCUAGAGAGAUUAUUGUUCGUCGGUCGAUUGUACUCGAUCAUUUACCCACCAAUUUUGAUAUUGCUUUCAAAAGAGCGCGGGAAGCUUUGAUGAUGGAAGGAAGCAGCCACACUGAGCCAUCGCAUUCAUUACGACCAGAAGGAAUAUUGGAUCCUACUGAGGAAGAGAAAGCGCACUCACACGUAUUCCCUCUCUCUCAUAGCUCUAGCAAAGAGACUGGGGCUGUACUUGAAGGGGAAAAACGGACUGCAGCGAGUAAUGCUAUUUGGGAUGCUGUAGCAAACUUAGGAUUAAAGGGAACAUCAAAACCCAGUAGGAAUAGUGGGCCAUUGAUUAAUAGAGAUGAAAUAUAGAUGAACAUAUUGUAUCUCAAUCAUUCAAAAUAUCGAUCC